AAAAAGUUGUAAACAGAAGUGUUUCUUGGCGUAUAUUUAGCAAGUUUUUUUUGGAUUUCAUCCAACCACUUUAUUCGUUUCCUUCGAUUCAUUUACGAUUCCGAAGGCGCUGUUGGUCAUGGAUACCCAAACGAAUUUCGAUGAUCAUCCAGAUGACACUGCAGACAAUGGUAAUGGUGAUUCGAAGGAAGAACUUGGCGACGUGACCUUCUUUAUGUCGAACUACGCCAAGGAGAUGCUUAAGAUGAUGUUCAUGAUGCGCUCUCACCACAUGUUAACUGAUGUAGCACUUGAAGUGGAACACGAAACUUUUCAUGCGCACAAGGUCGUGCUAUCUGCCGCAAGUCCGUACUUCAAGGCAAUGUUCACUGGAGGGCUUAUGGAAUGCGAAAUGUCGAGGGUCAGGUUACAAGGGGUAUGUCCAACAGCGAUGGCGCGAAUUUUGUUUUUCAUGUACACCGGUCAUAUACGGGUGACGGAGGUAACAGUAUGUACGCUGUUGCCAGCUGCAACUAUGUUCCAGGUUCCCAACAUAAUAGAUGCAUGUUGUGUUUUCUUAGAACGUCAGCUUGAUCCUACAAAUGCAAUUGGUAUUGCUGAUUUUGCAGAACAGUAUGGUUGUAGGGAACUUAAACUGAAAGCGAACCAGUUCAUUGAACGUCACUUCACCAAAAUUUGCCAAGAGGACGAGUUUUUGCAAUUGUCAGCAAUACAGCUCAUUACUUUGAUCAAAAAGGAUGAACUGAACGUGCAGGGUGAACGAGAUGUGUAUGAUGCAGUACUGAAAUGGGUUAAAUAUGAUGAAGAAAAUCGGUUCCCGAAAAUGCAGCCUAUCCUGUAUGCGGUCCGAUGUCAGCUUCUUACACCGAGCUUCCUCAAAGACCAGAUGAAAAACUGUGAGGUAUUGCGAAGGGUUCCAGCUUGUCGAGAAUAUCUGGCACAAAUAUUCAAAGAUCUUACCUUGCAUAAGCGACCAGCAGUGAAAGAACGGAAACCAAAUACUACAAGAAUGAUUUUCGUUGCCGGCGGCUACUUUAAACAUUCCCUAGACGUACUAGAAGGCUACAACGUGGAUGACAAAGUCUGGGUCACUCUACCAAGGCUGACGGUGCCGCGAUCCGGACUGGGAGCUGCAUUUUUAAAGGGAACUUUUUACGCUGUCGGUGGGAGAAACAAUGCGCCCGGAUCUUCGUACGAUUCCGACUGGGUUGAUCGUUACAACCCAGAAUCGGAAACUUGGCGACCCUGUGCACCGAUGACUGUACCACGAAAUCGUGUUGGAGUUGUGGUGAUGGACGAGUUGCUUUACGCAGUUGGUGGUUCGGCUAGUAUGGAGUAUCACAACACCGUAGAAUAUUUCGAUCCAGAAAAUGACCGAUGGACUUUGAUAAAACCUAUGCAUUCGAAGCGAUUGGGCGUAGGUGUAGCUGUGGUUAAUCGAUUGCUUUACGCUAUUGGUGGUUUCGAUGGACAAGUGAGGCAUUCAUCUGGAGAAUGCUACCAUCCUGAAAACAACGAGUGGACGAUGCUUCCACCUAUGAAGUAUGGACGCUCUGGUGCUGGCGUUGCGGCUUUGCAACAAUACAUAUAUGUGGUCGGAGGUUUCGAUGGAACACGGCAGUUAGAUUCAGUAGAAAGAUAUGAUACGGAACUGCAAAUCUGGGAAUUAGUAGCACCGAUACAGAUUGCUCGUAGUGCCUUGUCCUUAACUGUAUUAGAUGGUAAGCUAUAUGCAAUGGGUGGGUAUGAUGGCCAGAAUUUUCUGGCAUAUGUAGAAGUUUACGAUCCAACAACGAACGUUUGGGUGGAUGGUACGCCACUUACCUCUGGAAGAAGUGGACAUGCAUCGGCAGUAAUCUAUACACCAGCAUGCAUUUCCAGCUACAUGGAAAAUUUAAAUAUAUGCGAGGAAUCUAAGGGAAGCCGUGAAGAACAAAAUGGGAAUGGAGAUGUCCCGCCGAACAACAGCCAAAGAAUGCACUGCGAGGCUUCAACAUCGAGAGGAACAAACUUUGGAAACGGAAGUGGCUCUAAAAGAGACCAUUGUGCCGCAGACGAAGUACAAAUGCCGAUUUCCCAAGCUGUAAAACAAAGUGAGCAUAAAACUAGUGAAGGCGUAUGUGCCAUGGAAACCAAUUCUAGUCAAACUGAUUCAAGCGAAGAUAACGAUACAGCGAUGUUACACAAAACAGCACCUCCGGUCGCAUUAACUAUGCCAUGUAGAAUUACUCAGAAGCUGUUUACGCAUAAGCAAGCAUCUACGUCUUCCAGUUCACAGAAUAACGAUCAGGGUGAAGCAAGUUCAAGCUCUAAAGCCAAGAGAAAAGCAUCCAGUGGGUGGAAUGAAGAAAAUUGUCCACUUAUCAGGUUAAAGCGGCAAAUCACGUGUUUCGUAUCAUCCAUAGUUAACCAAUCAAACCCAAACAAUUGUAUUCCUCCUAAUGAGGAGAGUACAUCGCCCAAUGAGGAAUCACUCGCAGAGCGCGACGAAUCCAAAAACGAACAAGGUCUUUUUGAAAUGCCGACUUCUGAACAACCAAAAUAUGAGGACACUGGUACAAAACCAGAUUUAUAGUCAUUUUGGUUUGUUAGCGUAAAUCAGAAUGUAAAAAAUUACCUUGUGAUGCUUAGAGCCGUUCCAUUAUUACCUAUAUAUUGCGGACAACAGGCAACACUUUGAUCGGUCUAAUACAGUCUAUUUGCAAUACUAUCCAAAAGACGCUUCAAACUUAUACAGUUGAUAAGCUAUGAAGCUAACACUAAUAAUGGCUCCACUCAAGCAAGAUAAAAUAUAUCUGUACAUUUUAAUUUUCGUUUAUAUUGAAACUAGAAUCAGUUCGCCAUGUUAAAUUGUCAAUAUAAGCAAAGCUAGGCCCCCGUUUGAUUAUGUCUGGAAAGAGACUUGAAUCGUGCAAUUGAGAGGUUAGGGCUACGAUUCUAUGGAUUUCAACAAUACUUUUCCUGUCUGAAUUGAACAUAUAUCGACGGGAUUUGUUAAACUGAUAUCGCCGAUCAUUAGGAAUUUUUAAAUAACCGAAUCCAAAACUAAGAACUAUUCGAUGGUUUGCAUACACGUGAAAAUACAGAUAGGUAGUCACAUUCCUAAUGUAUUAAUGCAUUGUAAAUAGGGUUUUAUUAUUUUCUUCGUUUGUUACAUAGUGACAUAUGGAGGGAAAACAUAGAUUUAUUAUCAAUGGUCGACUUAAACUACUAUAACGUUAAGAUGAAGGUUUUCAUAUUGUAACCAAAUUUAUACUAUGUAUAAAUUUCGCAAAACUUUAGACGUAAGAUAGUUUAAUGUAGUAAAAGACUAGUGGACCCAAGAGCGAUUUUAAACGAAGGACUACAAAUGGCUUGCUGAACGCAUGUUUCAUUAGGUUAGACUAGAUAUCCUAAGAGUACGAAGGUAAUCCAUGUAGUAUGACUUUGUCGGUGCUAACGUUUCCCUGCUAUUGUUUUCGUGUGAUAAACUAUCAGUAGCCAAAGCCAACGCUUCGUUUUGAAUUUCGAUUAACAUAGAUUUUUAGCUGCUUUGUGGUUUUGACAAAAAACCCAUAAAAAAAUUAUCAAAUUUCUUCCACGUAAAUCACACCGUAUGCCUUACGUUUGACCCGUCAUAUACCCAACAGAGACUCCCAAUGGCACUUUUCUUUGAAAUUGUCGUUAUAGCGGCAAUAUUGAAAAUAUCGAUCUAUUAAUAAAUUAUUGAACGUUUCUGCGAAAUACGGAUGUAUAUUUUUUUUUUUCAAACAUUGCUUGAUUGUUUUACAACCAUCUUUUAAUACUUUACCACCGACACAUUUGUAGAAAUAGUAAACAUGCUCUGUUGGUUUUCAGAUCUCGAUUCACUGAAGGUGAUUGAAGUUUUUGUUAAUCUCUGUACUCUCAAGAUUCCUAGGCUAGACAUACGUUUAGUUCAGUUACUUUGGUGUUCUAUGCGUUACUGGACUUUGCCAAGAA